AUGCCCCAUGAUCUGUGCACUAAGGGCACGUUCACUGAAGCCAACGAGCUGGAAAGUCAAUUGCAAGCGCGCCAGAUUGAUUGGGCACAAUCACCUGCCCCAUUCGACAGCGAACAAGCAUGGGACUGCACGGCCCAGGAAGGCGUGUACUGCAGGAGCCAGUGUUCCAACGAUACGGUAACAACGCAGCACACGAUCCAGUUGAUCCACAGCUACGAUCCGGCGAUCUCCCGGGAAUGUGCGGGGCGGAGGAGGUUCUUUGCAGCAAAUAUUGGGCUCUUUGCUCAGCCGGAGGGAGGGCAGAUUGAGCGAGUGGCAUGGGCGGCACAGACGCAGCAAUUGACGAUGGGCGCGAUUCCAGACAUUUCAGACAUAAAACGUCAUUCUGUACAGGUUCUGGGCAAUGGCAAACGCAUCGAGCUGGCUACGGGGGAUUGGAGGAGUGGCGUGGUGGCCUUCUGA